GGGAAGUGACGUAGAAAGACUUCCGCCGCAGUCAAGGGCAUUGGCGUAGCUCUUACUGGUGAUCAGCACGUGCAUUUUUAGAGCUUCCUUUUGAAGUUUUAGUACUUAAACGUGUGAAACAUGGAUGGCUUUGGCUCUGAUUUUUCGGCAGGGGGAUCUGGGGGCAAAAUAGACACUGGGACUAUUAUGGAGCAGGUCAAGGUCCAGAUAGCUGUGGCUAAUGCUCAGGAGCUACUGCAGAGAAUGACAGACAAAUGUUUUAAGAAGUGUAUCGGUAAACCAGGGAGCAGCUUGGACAAUUCUGAACAGAAAUGUAUUGCUAUGUGUAUGGACCGGUAUAUGGAUGCCUGGAAUACUGUAUCUCGAACAUACAACUCUAGACUACAGAGGGAAAGAGCCCGCAUGUGAGAACCCCCCUUUGAUAAAAGGGAUGCAGAGGGACUGUACAGCAGCAUGGGAUGUGUCUUAGCAGUAUGACACUGUACCACACACGCAACCUCAGGACAUAAGCACUGUCUGGGUGGACUGCUCCACGAUGCCCUGAGAAACAUUAGUUUGUUCAUAAGUUUUUA